AACGUUCUUAUCAGUGUAUGAAUAUCGGCGCACAAAAGUCCGCAGUACGACAUCGCGUGACGUCACAGCCGCCACUCGCGCAUGUCCACGUUUUCCAAUAUAAGGCUCCGUCGGAACUCGUUGCACUCACUACUCAACCAACUCUAUCAACAAGCACCAAGAUAUGGUUAGAGCUGAGUAAGAAAUCCCAAAGUUCUACACCAACGUGUCCCUCCUGCCGAGUCCUCAUAACGUCGAAGAUGGUGUUAUCUAGUAACCAGACCUCCAACAACGAAACCACCAUGCAGACGCCAAGGCUUAAUGGCGUGCUCGGGGAGGCUGCGCGCGUGGCUGCCGAGGCCAACAAACUCAACCUCGCUUUCCAGGCUCGCUCGCUCUCCACCAUCCACGGCAGCUUAUCCGACUUGAAACCGAAGGUUCGGUCGUUCGUAGAGGAAGGUGCUCGCUUGUGUCAGCCAAAGAACGUCCACAUCUGCGAUGGAAGUGAACGUGAACUGCGCGACCUGCUGAACGUAAUGCAGCAAGUCGGCAUGAUCGAACCCCUUCCCAAAUACACCAACUGCUGGCUGGCCCGCACUGACCCCGGAGACGUGGCUCGCGUGGAGAGCAAGACCUUCAUCGUGACCAAGGACCGCCGAGAGACAAUUCCCACACCCAAGGAGGGCAUCAAGGGACUCCUUGGAAACUGGAUGUCCCCCGAAGAUCUGAAGAAGGUCGUGCAGGACCGCUUCCCGGAUUGCAUGGCGGGCAGGACCAUGUACGUGGUGCCAUACUCCAUGGGACCCGUAGGAUCUCCGCUCUCGAAGAUCGGAGUCCAGUUGACUGAUUCUCCCUACGUUGUGGUCUCGAUGCGUACCAUGACGAGGAUGGGGAAACAGGUGCUAGACACACUUGCGGAAGAAGAUUUCGUUAAAUGUCUUCACUCUGUGGGCUGCCCACUUCCUCUCAAGAGGACCCUGGUAAACAACUGGCCCUGCGACCCCGAGAGGACGAUUGUCACUCACGUGCCAGACUCGAACGAAAUCAUCUCCUUCGGUUCUGGGUAUGGCGGAAACUCCCUCUUGGGAAAGAAGUGCUUCGCUCUGCGCAUUGGGUCAACCAUCGCCCGUCGCGAGGGAUGGUUAGCAGAACACAUGCUCAUUCUGGGUAUUACAAACCCCCAGGGAGUCAAGAAGUACAUUGCCGCUGCCUUCCCGUCUGCCUGCGGGAAGACUAACUUGGCCAUGAUGACCCCGUCUUUGCCAGGCUACAAAGUGGAAUGCGUUGGUGACGACAUCGCAUGGAUGAAAUUCGACGAGGAUGGAGUCUUGCGCGCCAUCAAUCCCGAGAACGGCUUCUUCGGCGUCGCCCCCGGGACCUCUAUGCACACCAACCCUGUGGCCAUGAAAACCGUCCUCUCCAACACCGUCUUCACCAAUGUUGCCAAAACAAGCGAUGGAGGCGUCUUUUGGGAAGGCAUGGAGAAGGAAAUCUCUAACAAUGUGACCAUCACUUCAUGGCUCGGAGAUACCAACUGGAGCAAAGAAUCCGGAAAACCAGCUGCUCACCCCAACUCCCGCUUCUGUACGCCAGCUGGCCAGUGCCCCAUCAUCGAUCCAGCGUGGGAAGACCCGAAGGGGGUUCCCAUCUCGGCCAUUCUCUUUGGAGGACGACGUCCCGAGGGAGUUCCUCUCAUCUACGAGGCCUUCGACUGGAAACACGGCGUUCUCGUAGGCGCGGCUAUGCGAUCCGAGGCCACCGCCGCAGCAGAGCACAAGGGCAAGGUCAUCAUGCACGAUCCUUUCGCGAUGAGACCAUUCUUUGGGUACAACUUCGGCCACUACCUGCAGCACUGGCUCAGCAUGGAGACACGCACACAGAAACCCCUUCCCAAGAUCUUCCACGUUAACUGGUUCCGCAAGGACGAGAAAGGCCGCUUCAUCUGGCCUGGUUUCGGGGAGAAUGUCCGCGUUUUAGACUGGAUCCUCAGACGUAUCGAUGGCGAAGACGUAGCCGAGGAAAGCGCCGUAGGUCUCCUUCCCAAACCCAACUCGAUCAACAUGUCGGGACUAGAGGAUCAAAAUGUCGACUUGGACCAGCUCUUCAGUCUCCCCAAAGACUUCUGGCAGCAAGAAGCCCGGGCCAUCGAAAAGUACUUCGACGAACAAGUUGGGGACGACCUUCCCAACGAGGUCAGGGAGGAGCUUAAAAAGUUGGACAAGCGCGUCGAAAAGCUUUAAGUGAAGACGGGAUUAUGUGCCUUUAUCCGCAACAAGUACUUGAAAAGGCCGCUUUGGAAAUCAAUGUCAAAACACAAAGGUGGAAGGUAACUUAACGUCCAGUAAUAUACAUAAGGAGGGAAAUCUCGUCAGUAUUGGAAUUUACAUCUUGCAUUUUUUAUCCUCCGAAUAUUCAGGUUUCUUUCCAGUGGUUGAUCGUAGUUGUCAUUCUUCUGUUUAGGUUAAUGAGUAGCCUCGAUGCUUCCAGGGAUUACUGUCUGUUAAAUCAAACAUAUCCUUAUGCCUUUUUAUAGAGAUUUAUCGAUACUUGGAUUUAUUGCUAGUCACAAUAAGAUGUUAAUGACAAGAAGCUAUGACCCUCGCUUUGCAUGAAUCAGGAAUAUUUGGGUCAUUCGUUGAACGUGUGUAUAUACCUUAUGAAGACCAACUUUACAUUGUGAUUAUCAAUAAACGAUUGCCAAGGGAUUUUCUGCACAGCAUAUCCACUGUCAGUGCAAUACUUUGUCCAUUAGUCGUUUCUUGGAUAUGCCCACUUUAGUUUUCGCUCGUCAGCUGUGCUGACGCGAUUCACUGCGCUGGUUUUACUGCGCAUGCUUGAAUUUGUGAUACUGUCUUCAUAUGACAUAUUGCUUAUUAAGAAUAAUAAAUUGUUAUUUUUAUACCUGUUAA